CGCAACGUGCAGCGGAACCAGGAAGCGCACGCAAUAAUGUAGCUGGCGAACUGUUUGCUCGUGAAUUAUACUUUUAUCAUGUAUUAUCGUUGAGUACAUUGUCCUGUAACUAGGGUUGAACCAGCACACGCUGCCAUAAUGGUGUCUCUCAUUUGCACGCUCAGAGACCACAGAGAUGACAUAAACUGUUGCGCCUUCUCCGCCAGCCUGCUGGCGACGUGCUCCUCCGAUAAGACCAUCCGCGUCUAUUUCACCCGGGACUUCUCGGAGGCGGCCUUCUCCCCGCUGACCGGGCACGGCUAUGGCGUGCACUGCUGCUGCUUCAGUCCGUGCGGCCAGUACUUGGCCUCCUGCUCGACAGACGCCACCACGGUCGUGUGGAGCAUGGACACCGGCGAGAUCGUGACGGUGUUCGAGCAUCCCGGGCGAAGCCCCGUCCGGGUCUGCGUUUUCUCGCCCAGCGCGUCCUUGGUCUCUGGCGCGUCUGAUGGGACGCUCGCCCUCUGGGAUUUCCACUCAAAAACACUGCGCAGGACCGGUGCAGCGAAUGAGGCCUCUGUGGUCGCCUGCUCCUUCACUCCUUGCGGUCAGAUGUUUGCGACGGGAUCGACGUACGGCGAUAUCCGAAUCUGGGAUGUGGCGAUGAAUCCGCUCCACGCCAUGAAGAACGCCCAUGACCUCGGCGUGACCUGCUGCCACUUCGACUCCAAGAGCCAGAGCGGUGGACUCGUAUCGCAGUUUCGGUUGGCCUCCUGUGGGCAGGACAGCCAGGUGAAGAUAUGGAUCGUCUCUUGGCAUGCUGCAGCAGGUGUUAAGAUGCAGCUGCUGCACACUCUGAUUGGCCAGUCUGCCCCUGUGCUCUCCUGUGCAUGGUCCACUGAUGGACAGAUGCUGGUCUCAGGCUCUGUGGAUAAAACUGUCACAGUGUAUGAUGCUCAUCAGGGAGUCCUGCUGUAUACUUUGAAGCAGCAUGACAGAUACGUGACGGCCUGCGCCUUCUCGCCCACCUCCAGCCUGAUCGCCACGGGGUCCAUGGACAAGACCGUCAACGUCUGGCGGGUGGAGGAUGGCAGCAGCGGGCACGAGGGUGAAGGGAAAUCCUUGCCUGUAGAAGCCAGUGAUGUCACAGGUGAAGGGAGGAAGCUGCCGGGCCACUCGAGGCUGCUGGUGUGCGAUUGGUCGGAGGAGGACGUCUCAGCUUGGCUGUGUGCCGAGGGUCUGGACGCGCUGGUCGAGCCCUUCAAGGCCAACAACAUCGACGGAGGAGAGCUCAUCACCCUCACCAAGGAGACCCUCGCCGUGGAGAUGAAGAUAGAAUCGGUUGGCCUUCGCAAUAAGGUAAUGCGUAAGAUCGAGGAGUUGAAGACAUCGCUGGUUUGCUCAGGCAUCCCGGAUGAGUUCUUGUGCCCCAUUACCAGGGAGGUGAUGAAAGACCCUGUCAUAGCCGCUGACGGCUACUCCUACGAGAGAGAGGCGAUCGAAAGCUGGAUCAACAGCAAGAAUCGCUCCAGCCCCAUGACCAACCUGCCUUUACAGACCACCGCGCUCACGCCCAACCGGACACUGAAGAUGGCCAUCGGUCGCUGGAGGAGCAGUCAGUGAGGAGCAGGGUCUUCUGCCUGCCAUAUCUCUCUGAAUCUUUUUACAUUUCAGAAUCAAAUAACUGUCUUCUUACAUGUAGGCUGCUGAGAUUUCAGAUUUCAGGUCUCAUGUCAUUUUCAAUUCAUUACAUUACGAUUCAUACAGUUUUUUGACAUCAUAGCC